AUGAUCCUCAUUACAGGUAUAUAUAAAAGUGAAGAAGCUUUGGCGGAAUCAAGAGAAUUCGUCACAGAAAUGUCCACUGACAUUGCUAAGAGUCCACACAACUUAGUAAUAUGUUGUUUAGACGAAGAUCCUGAAGUUGUUGGAGAAAUUAUUGGAGCGUCUAUGACAACAGUCGCUAAGAAAGACGACCCUGAAGAAGAUAUGAAUUUCACGACAAAAACUAAGGAGGUGGCAGCUAUGUUUGCAAUAAUGGAUAAACUUUUUUCAAAAUACGACGUUAUGAAGGAUCUGAAUCUCGACAGUUUCCUUGAUGACAGAGGAGUUGUAAUAAAUCCAAAAUAUAGAGGUCUUGGAAUUGCUCAAAUGUUCUUCAAUGUCAGGCGCCAGAUAUGCCAUGACCUUGGAGUACCUCUUACUGGAGCCUGGAUGACGUCAGCAGGCUCUCAGAAGGCAGCAGCCCGUGAUGGAUGGGAAACAGUCUUCGAGGUUACAUACGAAGAAUUCGGAAAAGAAGCUGGAGUCGUGUUUGAAGAUGUACCACCUUCCUGUAAAUUUAUGACCGCCAAGCCAUUAUCGAUCUAGUCGUAUUUAAGCUUUAGUCAAGUAUAUCAAGUAUAUUUAAUACAUUGAAUCUGAAUAUGCA